AUGCCGCCGGAGACGCCAACUGUCAAAGACCUUGUCCACCGGUGGCAGUCAACGUCGUCUACUCAUUCUAAUGCCCUUGAUGAUCGGACUGAGUCUGAGAUUACGAUAACUACUCCGACUAGGGCGCAGCCUCCUGCCAGGUAUCCCAGGAGUGCGGCGAGGAUCAAGGAGGCGGGUGUGGUGAGGAAGGUCAGUCUGCAGUAUGAGCAGCAGUGUGGAGGCCCUUCCGCGGUGGUCGCUGGAAUGGACGGGAAAGGCAGAGAGAAGGAAAAGAAGAGUGGAGGACAUCGAAAGCAGCAUGUAAGACGGACGAGCUUGCAGUUCGAGAAGUUGGCAAAAGGACAGACGGGCCCAAUUGAGGAGCCGCAACCUACAGCGGCUGAUUCACCAAAGCGACCUCACCUACGCCGCACGACAGCUUCGAAGCCCAUUAUUGCCGCUCAUGAUGAUGAUCUUCCGAUCGAACAUCUCAGUAGGCCAGUCUCGCCAGCCGGUCCAACUUCAUUCCUUGCUGAAGCCGGAAACCCCUUCGCUGAUGAGCCGGAGGAGAUGGACAUUACAAGCCAGCCUCUUUUACAGUCUCCCACACCCAACAGUCGAAACCCCUUCCUGGACGCCCAUUCUGUGUCCCCUGAUAUCGGUGCUGAUACUUACGGUUAUGUCAAUACUAUAUCCACCAAACCGGCAAGCGUGAUGACUUCAGGAAGCGACAAACUAGGUUGGGUCAGUACAGUAUCCACCAAGCCUGCUUCACCAGGGAUGGACUCUCCGCCUUCCGUCCCACGUAUCGUGGUGAGAGCAGCAACCAACCGGGUCCCACGAAAACCUGUAACUGUCGCUCACCGUCCACGCGCUCACGUACCCUUCUACUCCGAGAAGGUCACCGAAGAUACAAGCAAAAAGGAGUGGAGCCCAUCAGCCUCCGGCCCCAUCGAAGGCCAGGUGAACCAGACACUAGGCGGGUUUCCACGUGCUGUGAGUGCUGCGAAUAAUCGUGCUCAGCGCCAGUGGGACACGCUUCACCGCGCUCAAGAUGCUGGUUUAUUGACGCCGGAAACGCCGAGAACUCGAAAGGCUAGUGAGUACUUUGGCGAGGGAGGAGGAGGCGUGGAGACGAGUAUGCAUCUCCAGCCGUAUCAACCGAUGGGGAGUGCGGAUGUAGGGUUGUUGACGCCGCAGUUGGUUGAGAGUGUUAGGGAAGUGAGUCCCGCGGAUGAGGAGUACUUCAAGUUUAGUGGACAAAACGUGCCACUUCAGCGAACGAAGAACGAGCCUUUCCCUGAGGUCUCGGUUGAUCAGGAUCAGAGUUUGUACAUCCCACAUACCUUGCACGUCAAACAUGGCGAUAACCCAGCGAAGGCUGAGCACAAGCGCGACCGGAUCGUUCUCGGGAAGGAGAACUUUCGGAAAGGCUCCGUACAAGCCUCACUCUUCGGACGCGAAGCAUUACCAAUCCAGCUCCCAAAGUUGGAUAAGUUCAUCGAGUCGCUUCCGGCGACCGAGUUUUCGCCGUUGGAGAAAGUGUUGGAUGAUACGCAGUAUGCGGAUUAUGAAGCAAAGGGCCGGGCCGAAUUUCCACCCAUGCAUUUAAUCCCAAAUAACAUUACCUUGGAUGACCUCAAGAGUAAUGUGACGAAGCGAGGAUGGCUAGGAACGAGUUUGCAAAACGAUAUUAUCGGUGUCUUGGCGGAUGCAUUCAUCGGAGCUGAAGGAAGUACGUUGAGCGUCUAUGUCACGCUCGAGAUCUUUCGUGACUUUAUCCAGUUGAUGGCUUUGGUUUUUAGCGGUGGUGGGAAAGACAGCACUGUGCUCAACAUCCUGAGUUUGAAUCUGCAGGAUGCAUUUGGAGGUGGUAGCAUCUUCUUGGGGUUGUUCUUGUUGAUUGCGUUAUUGUUGUUGUGGAAAUUUAUGAGGAUCCGGAGGAAUGAUCCGAAUAUCCACACGGAGGGCUUCGAAUCCAAUCCAUGGACACUUCAACGCAAGAAGAAACGCCUAGGGAACAUCAUCACCAUUUUCUUCCUGACGACCCUAUAUCUUCCCGUUAUGAAACUUGCUGUGGAUGCCCUCGUCUGGCAGAAGACGUUUUGGCCGACGUGGGAUGCCGAACGUGCGGCUGCUGAUCCAACUGGGUAUAUUCAGUCCAAUAACGUCUGCUACAUAACUUCUGCGAGAAUCAAGGAUAUUAAUUGGGUAUAUCUGGUCUUGCCCGUCGCAUUCAUUGCUGUUUGCAGUAUCGGCAUUUACAUGCCAUACACAUUGACUGGUGUAGUGAAGCGGAAUGUCCCACGCGUUGACCCGUACAAUGAAGCAGGUGAACUGCGAACGGAUGAUCGCGAGGAGUAUGUUCGUUUGCUCGACCGCGAUCCGUCACCGUACAACUUCAUGUACUCCAGUUAUCGAAGGGAGUGGGCUGCAUACAAGAUCUAUGUGCUUCUCACGAAGCUGUUUUACAUCUUGUUGAUCGACGUGGUGUCUGUGAACAACUGUUUGUUUCGCCAUGCAGACGCAAAGCUGAUCAAGACCAUCAGUGCGGGAAUGCAAAUUGCCUUCAUGUUGGUUCUUUUGGGCAUUCAUGUUGCUACCAUGGUUCUCGACCGCCCGUUUUUCCUCAAGUUUCAGCAAAAUAUGUCGGAGCUUGCAACUCGCUGCGGAUACGUGCUUACAACCAUGUUCGUCCUUCUUGAAGCGUUGAAUUUGGGAGCUGUGGCUCUCUUUACAUAUCUCAGCUACAGUGUGAGCAUGGUGAUCUACGUCUUCAUUGGUUAUUAUGCCUUGUCCGGAGUACAGUUCUUCGAUACACUCGUCAAGCGCUUCAGCAAUCGAGUGGACGUAAGCAUUGAACGAAUCUUCUGUUCGAGAUUGAAGUUCCCGAGGCAAAUUAAGCGGAGAAUAUGGAUGGACACAUGGACAGCUAUGCUGCUCUGCGAAGAUAGGACGAGGAUGCCGGAGGAUGAGAUCGUGGCUUUUUCGCAGGCGGCAUCACAUCCGCCUUAUAUGCUUCAGUUCCAUGGCACAGCUGCCGAACGUCAUGUUGAGAAUCUAAAGCUGACUCGAACGAUUGGUCUCAAGGCCUACAAGGCGGCUUGCGAGCCACUGGCGGCUGAAACUAUCGCAUUGCGGCGGAAGAUCUACAACGAGUUUGUCGGGCCGGAUUGCUUCUAUACGCCUCCGCAACCAUGGCGUGGAAAAGGCGUAACUACUUGGUUCGGGAAGGCGUAUGUGGCCCCUUUCCCGUUCACUGUUGUUCUCGUUUACGACGAAGUGCCGAUCUCAGUAUCACUUAGCGAACCCUGGGAGAUCCAGAGAUACGUUGAGCAGAAUGAGGAUCGUGAGGUGAAGCGAAGGAGAAGGGUUCGUCAAAUGAUCAGAGCACUGGAUGGGCAGACAGUUUAUCGCCCCUAUGUCAAGAUGCCGCAGUUUGAUAUGGAGAACAUUACUUCGAGGUUGAAAGGCAAGCAGUCGUAUGCCAAAAUCAAUGAGGCUCUGCAGUACUCUGAAGGUAUCCUGCGCAUCCAGCACCGCCGUCAAGACCUCUGGCAUGAGAAGAACAUGAACGCAGGGUUCGAUGUGACGAUCACGUACAGCACUACAGAAACCGGGCGCUUCAGAAAGAAAUCGAAGGAACGGGUCAAGAUCAGCGGCGAACUGAUUGGAGUGACGUCGGACUUCCGCUUGACGCCUGCUCUGGAAUCUCUCUUCAUCAAUAAUCGUUCGACGUUGGAGCGCGGUUUGACGGACUGGUUGGAUACGUUGAGAAGUUACGCUGACUAUUGGCGAAACGAGGCAUUGCAGAAGGAGCGGAUCCUAUCCUAUGCAUUCCAAAUGAAUGUUUUCAACACGCCGACGAUCCGCUACCCUCAACUGCCCAAGGUCUUAGAAGAGACGGAGGUGGACCCGAUCAUCCUCGAUCUGCCUGAAUGGUCGAAGCCGAGCCUUAUCUACCUGUACGAACGAUUACGUGUGGUAAACCGCUCAAGACUACAUCAAUGGUGGUACCUCUUCUGGGAUGAUUUCUGGCGAAGAAAUUAUGUUGCACUGCGGUCCCUCAAGUUAUUCGAAAUGGACUUCUCACCCACCUCGCCCACCAGCAUUUGCUAUACCCCAAUGCCACGCGAAAAGCUUGAAGUCUUCCUCCGUUCUCGUGGGCUGUGGAAAGGACGAUGGACUCCACGCGCCUUCCAUGAUGGUCUGCUAAACAGGAUCUAUCUUCGCUGUGAGGCGAUUGUGUAUGGGUAUGGCGAGAUCAGUGAAUCGAAGAUGAUCUCUGUCAGCGAGAGCAUGGCGGCGAAUAGGAUUUCGAUCGGGAACACGCCGAUCAUUCGAGUCAAGUUAACACCCCCAAAGCGGAUCCCGUUAUCGAGGAUGUUUAGCCGCGAUUCUGCUUCGACUGCAACCGUUGUUGGUGAUAUCGAGAUGGGGACUUUGCAUGAUAUUCCGGAAGAAGAUGAAAGGAAGGGUUUGACUACACCUGUUUCCACAGCUGUGUCCUCUCCUAAGACGUCGUCGGUCACGGCUUCCAAGGUUGAGGAGGUGAGAGAUGUGUUGUUGCAUUCUAUGGAUGAGGGAAAGAAGCUGGAGGAUGUUCAUCCUGAAGAUGGAGAUAGUGGAGACAGUGAUAGCGAGGAGUUGUACUUUUGAAGGCGGCCAUGAGCGUGGGAUUUUGCUAAG